AUGAUGUCAUUAUUAAUCACUGGAUUUGUCAUAGGAAUAGUUUAUGCUGUUAACCCUGAUACUGAUAGAGUAAUAUUUCCAGGUUGGGGAGAAUAUAAUUUUAACUCUUAUUCAGGAUAUCUGCCCAUAGGAGCAGGAUUAAGGUAUAUUAAAUUAUAAUGUAGAUAAUUGAGUUAUGUUUUUCUCGAAAGUUAAAGAAACCCAUUAAAUGACCCUCUUGUUGUAUGGUUAGGUGGUGGGCCUGGAUGUUCUUCAUUAUUAGGAUUAAAUGAAGAAAUUGGCCCAUUUGUAAUGGUUGAUGAUGAUAGAGAAUUCAAGAAGAAUCCUUAUUCAUGGAAUAUUAGAGCCAAUAUUUUAUUCUUGGAAUCACCUGCAGGAGUAGGAUUUUCAAUUAAUAUUGAUACUAAAUAUGAAUAUAAUGAUGAGAAUUCUGGUUAAGACAAUUACUAAGCUCUAUUAGUUUGGUUUUAAGCAUUUAAAUAAUUUCAAAAACAUAAAUUUUUUAUUGCAGGUGAAUCAUAUGCAGGUACUUUAUAUUUAAUAAUAUUUAGGAAUGUAUAUUCCAUAUACAGCUAAAGCAAUAGUAGAAGGAAAUAAAUAAGCUGUAUUUAAAAUACCUUUAGAAGGUAUCUUAAUUGGAAAUGGGUUAUUGAUAUGGGAUGCAAAAAUAAGAAGAUCAGCUUUAUAGGAGUUUUUCAUAAGAAGAAAUUUUCUACCUCCUACCACAGCAAAUACAAUAAGAAAAAUAUGUGGUGUCAAACCAGAUUCAAUUAAUUGUGUAUUGGCUGAAACUUAAUUUGAUUAAAUUUGUUUGGGAUCAAAUAUUAAUGUUUAUAACAUAUAUGGAUAUUGUAAAGAAGAUACAACCCCUGAAUUUUUGAAACCAAAAACUAAAACAACCAAAUAAAUUAGAUAUCCAUAUGUGUCUUGGUAUGAAGGAAACAAUUUCUAUGAUGAUGAUAAAAGAAAAGCUCCUUGUUCUGAUUUUGGACCUAUUAAUGAAUACUAUAAUAAUGCAACAGUUCAAGAAGCUUUACAUAUUUUAGAAAGACCUUAUUUUUGGUCUGCUUGUAGUUAGGAAGUCAAUAAGGCAUAUAAUAUUAGUAAUAAUGGAAGUUAUUAAAUACUUCCAUUAUUAAGUUAAUCAGGAAUAAAGAUAUUAAUAUAUUCUGGUGAUUAGGAUGCUGUUAUUAGUGUUGUAGAAACUGAAUAAUCCAUUAAUAUGAUACCAGGUAUUUAAGAAUUAGAUUCUUGGACUCCAUGGGGCAAUACUGAUAAAGAUUUAGCAGGUUGGAUCACAUAAUAUAAUUACUUGAAAUUUAUUGUUGUAAAAGGAGCUGGACAUGUAAAUAUAUUUGUAUUAAUAUUAGAUGGUGCCUGAAGAUCAAAGAUAAAAUGCAUUUGAAAUGUUUAAUAGUUUCAUUUAUGGGAAUGAACUUCCAAAAUAUCAUUGA